AUGUCAAUAAUUAAACUAUUGGCCUCACAAUGUUUAGCUUUUCGUGGAUCAACUGAACAUUUGUUUCAACCUAAUAACGGGAACUUCCUAAAGUUGGUAGAAUUGCUUUCUGAGUUUGAUCCAGUUAUGGAAGAACAUAUCAGGAGAGUUCAACGAGAGUCUGAUAAAGCUAGUGAUUCAACCGGAGAAGGUUUGGCAAAACUUAUUCUGACACAUUUGGAAAAAUUAGGUUUUGAGUUAAAGUGGCUUAGGGGACAAGGCUAUGACAACGGAGCCAAUAUGAAAGGAUUAAGAAAGGAACUUUACACUUUUUUUUCUGGUUCUACAAAGCGUUGGGAAGUGCUAAAAAAAUAUGUUUCUCAAUUAACUCUGAAACCAUUAAGUGCUACUAGGUGGGCAAGCAGAAUAGAUGCUUUAAAACCUUUACGAUUUCAACUUUGCGAAAUCUAUGAUGCAUUGAUUCUGAUAAUAGAAGACGUCAAUAGAGAUGCAGAAACUAAAGUUAAAGCGAGAGGGUUAGCAAAAAAUAUUAAAAAUUACAAGUUUAUAUGUGGAGUAAUUCUUUGGCAUGAUAUUUUGUUUGAAAUUAAUUCAGUUUCGAAGCUUUUGCAAUCUGUUACUAUAAAUAUAUCAGAUUGUGUAAGGAUGCUAUCAGAAACCAUAAAAAAAGUGAAAAGUUAUAGACAAUCUGGAUAUAUUCAGAUGAAAAUUGCUGCAAAGGAGAUAGCAGAGAAUCUCGAAUGCAGUACAGAAUUUCCUGAUGACACUGAAGUUAGACCCAGAAGGAAAAAGCGUCAAUUUGACUAUAAAAAAGCUGUCGAUGAACCCUUAACAGAGGAGAAAAAAUUUAAAAUAAACUUUUUCAACUAUAUUCUGGACAUUACCCUUAAUUCUCUGAAUGAACGAUUCACGCUUCUGGAAACCCAUAGCAAAAAAUUUCAGUUCUUAUAUGACAUUUUAAAACUCAAGGAUAUAGAUGACAAAACGCUAGAAAGUUAUUGUUCCAGUCUUGAGUUUAUACUUUCGGUUGAAAAUAAAACAGAUAUAAAUGCAAAUGACCUUAGAGAAGAAUUGCGUGAUGUAUCCAGAAUGCUACCAUAUUCUACGAAACCUUUGGAUGUUUUAAAUUAUUUAUGCCAAAAUAGCUUAAUUAGUUUGUAUCCAAAUACUGUUGUAGCUCUGAGAAUUUUAUUAACUCUCCCUGUAUCUGUAGCUAGUGGGGAAAGAAGUUUCUCCAAAUUAAAAUUAAUAAAAAACUACUUAAGAAGUUCAAUAGGACAAACAAAACUUAAAAAUCUGGCAUUAAUUUCUAUUGAAUCUGCAAUGGCUAGCACUCUAGACUACACAUCAGUAAUUAACGAAUUUGCUAAAGUUAAAGUUAGAAGAGUAAAGCUGUAA